UGCACAAGCACCCCCCCUUCCUUAUAUUCAUAUGGGUCCACUCAUAGGCACCUCUAUCAGAAGAAGAUUCUCUGUUUCUGCUGUGAAACUCAACGGUGACAAUGACCCAUUACUCCUUUCUGCCACUGCUUCUGCUUCUCUUCGUUACCAGGAAACUCUUCGACCGGAACCUCUGUUUGUAGAUCCAUAUGCCGGGUGCUUUGUCCCUUUAAAUAUUCCCAAUGAUAUGAGUCAAGACUUGCACCCCUAUUGUCUUGCAACCAAGUUCAUUGAUGAUAAGUUGCUUCGUACAGUGAGCCAUAUUGAUGGACUUAAGCAGGUAGUUAUGUUGACUGAUGGCAUGGAUACACGGCCAUACAGACUCAAUUGGCCAACUUCAACCAUAAUAUUUGACAUAUCGCCCGAAGGAGUGUUUAAAACUGCAGCUGAGAAGCUUAAAGGUGUUGGGGCUAAGAUUCCCAAAAGUUGCAUAUUCUAUCAUAUUCCAUUGGAAUCAUCUGAUAUAGAGCAAAGUUUGCAAUCAAAGGGCUAUAAUGGUAGCAGGCCAAGUAUAUGGGCCAUACAGGGGUUUCCUGUGAUGACACUGGCAAAUUCUGAAGAAGUUUUGUCAAUGAUAAGCAGUUUGGCCAUGAAGGGAUCCUUUUUUGUGGGAGAGUUGCCUGCCUGGUUAGCUGAGACAGACAUAGAAAUCAAGUACAAUACAAAGCAAUGGAUCGAUAAACUAUUCAUGAGCAAGGGCUUUCGGGUGGAGCUGAUUAAUUAUGAAGGAGUUGCAGAGAGUCUCGGUAAAAAUUUUGCCACAGGACAUUGCAAUAAUAUACUGUUUGUUGCACAACAACUGCGACAUUCUGAUUAUCAGAUGGAAACAUGGAGAAGAGAAUUUCAAAGGGUAGAGGCUGAAGGAGAUGAAGACGGUUUUGAUGAGUUAUAGAAGAGCAUAUAAAAUCACCACAAGCUUAUUAGCCUAAAGGAAUCGCUACAAGGGCCAAAACUUUAAAGCAUUUGGAUGCAUUUUUUCAGUGCCAUGAGAUUGUCCAUAUUCACAUAAAAAGCAUCCAGAAUGUGGUUGCUAAAUAUUCUCUUUUCCUAAAAGGACAAGUUCAUGCACCUAUUGAUCCAUUUUAUUCUGUUUUCUCCUGUGUACAAUUGAUGACCGACACGGAUCGGUGGAGGACGAUGGAGAUGUCGGUGGAGAUGUUCAAGGUGUCCAGCGAAGGGGAAGCACACGUGUGAGAAAAGCACCACCAUGGCUAGAAGGCUUUGUUCAAUCUAAAAGUGGCUGAGGUGGACUAAGA